AUGGAUGACUCGGCCGAUGCAGAAGCCUUCCAGGAAACAGCGAAAGUACCACAAGUGAUGGAGCCGACCCCGGCCGCAGCAAACGAAGCUCAUGUUUCCGUUGCCGUUCAAGAAAACAAAGCAGAGUCCACCAAAGCCGACUCAAAUGUCGCAGGUGACACAGAGCAGGACCAAGAUCACAAAUCAAACGCCGGGAGCGACUGGGAAACUGAAGAGGAUGCCUCCGCUGCUGCAUCUGACUCUUCUUCAGACUCUGAGGCAGAGAGCAUUGCAACGCUUGAUGACAUGCAACGUCUACAAAACGACUGUGCGAAACAUUUUACUUCGGAAACAUUUUUCAAUGCGUACACUCAAAGACUCAAAGAAAAAGCCAGAAACAGACGAGGAAAAAACCAAGGUUCGACUCUUGUCAAAGGUUUGGUCGACUAUAUGCGAACCCUGGAAGAGCGGAUCAGCAGCUUGGAAGAAAGCCAAGAUGCCGGAAGUGAAGCCAAUACAGAACCAGGUCAUGUUGAGACAGAUAUCUAUGAUGCACAAGUAAAGCUUGACAUCAAGUUCUUCGACGAAGCAGCUUACACAUAUGAUAAUAUAUUCUAUGCCCAAGCACACAGCAGGGAAGAAAAGGGGACGUUCAUGUGUGGGCACGAUGAUCAACAUUUAAUUCGCGUGCUGUACUCCAAGCAUGCAGAGGCCAAACCGAAGCCACAGAAGCUUGGGAAACUGGCUGAUCCUGAUCCACCCAACCCCAGCGAAAUCAACAUGCUGCUUUGCAAUAUAUCCUCUAAGGCUAUUGCCAGAUUCUUUGUAAAAAUACUCAAUUGUAAUCCCACCGAUGUGAUCAGGUUUGGAAAUCCCUUUCGACCAAUCAUCGGGAAUAUCGGGCUCAUCAGAGAUCAUCUCCGCAAACUGGAGGGGCUUUAUGGUGAGGCUGCAGCUGAAGGCUCAUCGGAAGCCCAAAGGAACACCAAUGGCGGAUCUACGCCAUCCAAUAGUUCCAUCAACCAAAAAGGCUCCGACGCGGCAGACUUUCCCUUUAACGACGGUCAAAUCGACAAUGUACAAGCCUAUGAUCAGCCCGCAGCCCUUCAGCAUUUCAGACUCUUCUUGGAUUUCGUCGACAAGUACCUGGGCGACAAAAUUGCAUUGUACGACCGUCUACGCAACGGAAAAGAGCAACAAAUUGCCUUUGUCAAUCUUUGGAUGCUUUUUGAUGUAGGUGACACAAUCUACUGCCCUUCACGUUCAAGUGCAGGCGAAGAGUACGCAAGACCGGGUCUCGACCAAUCGCCCCACGUGCCUGUCACACGGUAUACUCCACAAGCAUACCGAGUAGUAGCCACAGAUGGUGGUAUGCCUCAUAGAAGUACUAUAGGUUUUCCCACUUCAGGUGCAGCCAACGAUGGCUUGGAUACCACCACAUUCAGCGCGACUAUGGUGAGUGCUGGAGACCCAGCCAUUGAAACGAUGAAAGCAGCCGCAAAUAUAUCUAGAAAGAUCAGGAGCGCGUAUGGUUCUUUCGUUGUAUAUUGCUUUUACGUCGAUUUCGAUGGUAGGCGCUACGGGAAAGUACGCGAUGUGUUUGUUUUCAAACCAUACGAGCGUGAAAUGGAUAUCCGUGGUCUUCAGGCAUAUCCUAUGGCGUACGCACCAUCCAAUGACCUUCAUACCCGUGGCCAAAGAUUUCUCGAAGCCACAAAGGUUUCUCACCUCCAAUACGAGGGUCUCACCGUAGGACCUCUACGCGAAGAAAUCAACAGCCCAGUAGUAGUUGACAUAAAAUUGGCAUAUGAAGGGGGACGCGACAUUGCAGAGGCUUUGAUCAAAGUCCCAAUUAUUUCUCCAGGGGUGCGUGAUGCAGUUGUAUGGAUGCCUGGGGUCUUUGAGGCUUCCCACAAUAUCUUUGGCAAAAGACCUUCCUGCUCGCAUAGAUGGUGCAUUUCACUACAGUGUACCUAUGAUUGCUACAAUACAGGUCAGGCAACCCAGGGGCACAAAAUGUUGACCGAUGCCGAUCUCGUACUUGAGGAGUAUGAAAGUGAAAUGUUACGGGGUCUGGAGGGGCUUGCUCAGUUCACACAGCUGAUGGCCGAGAGGAACUUGGUCGAACUGUUACCUGGCAUGAUUCCAGGCUUUGCACUGAGGAACAGGAAAUGGGUCCUCCUCGACAUCUCUCGGCUGGAGCGCGUUGAGCAAAAUAACGAGUGGGACAACCUUGUUCUCCCACCAGGCCAUCGAGAAAUGGUUCAAGCUAUGGUAGAAACCCACACACAAGAUUUACAAUCUAAUCGAGACUCUCGACCGGGCAUGGAUCUGGUGAAAGGAAAAGGAAGGGGUUGUAUUAUUCUCUUACAUGGUGUUCCGGGUGUAGGGAAGACUUCCACCGCAGAAUGUGUUGCUGCUCAUACCAAGAAACCUCUGUACCCCAUUACGUGCGGUGACGUUGGCUACAAGGCCGAAGAUGUUGAGAGAAACAUGGAAAGCCACUUCAAGCUAGCACACAGAUGGGGGUGUGUUCUCUUGUUGGAUGAAGCCGAUGUGUUUCUUGCGAGGCGUGACCAAAAGGAUGUCCAGCGGAACGGACUGGUAUCAGUUUUCUUGCGAAUUCUGGAAUAUUAUUCUGGAAUUCUGUUCUUGACAACGAAUCGGGUUGGCGAUAUUGACGAAGCGUUCCGCUCUCGUCUGCAUCUGACCUUGUAUUACCCCAAGCUAAAAAGAAAGCAAACGAAAAAGAUCUUCAAGCGGAACUUUGAAAGAAUCAAUGAUGUGAACCAAGGGCGCACGGAGCAUGGUAUUCCGCCGUUCAUUUACAAGGACUCUGAGCCGAAGAUCAUGCAAUGGGCUGGAGAGACGUACAAAACACUGCAAUGGAAUGGUCGUCAAAUUCGCAACACAUUCCAGACCGUUCUGGCUCUAGCCGAGUUCCAUGCGAAGCAGCGCGACGGCGAUGCAUACUCACCGGUGGUGACCAAGAAACUCUUCAAGAUUGUAGCCAACGCCGCGAUCCUCUUCAACGAAUACCUGGCAGCCACUCACGGCGCAGAUCAAGACAAGAUGGCACAACAAACUUACAUCAGAGCAAACUCAUUCGAACCGUCGAAAGAGCACCGUUUCACCAGCCUCGCAGAUGACACAUCAGAGUCCAGUUCCCAGGAGGAUGACAGCUCAAGCAACGAUUCAGGCAGCGAUUCCGAUGAGUCAGACUCGAGCGACGACGCGCAGGAGAGCAUGAAGAAGUCAAGUAACGCCAAGAAGGGCAAGCAAUCGAAGAGAAGCUCCAGAAAGAAGCGGAAGAGUUCGGCCAAGGAGAAGAAGUCGGAAAAGAAAUCGAAGGAUAAGAAGAAAGAGAAGAAGAAGGAUGAGAGCAGUGAUUCUGAUUCAUAG